CAAUGCGUUGCCAACCAACUGGACACCUGGCUUCCCAAAAGCUCAAAUGCAUGUUUUCUAAGCUUGGCAAGUCAAGAUCAAAAUGAAAUUAUGAUAAAAAUCCGUGUGGGUUUCUAACUUGGAAUCUGAGGUUCAAGACAAAGAUGAAUCUGCGUUCUGUAUUUACUGUAGAACAACAAAGGAUAUUGCAGCGUUACUAUGAAAAUGGAAUGACAAAUCAAAGUAAAAAUUGCUUUCAGCUCAUAUUACAGUGUGCACAAGAAACUAAACUGGACUUCAGUGUAGUCAGGACGUGGGUUGGUAAUAAACGGAGGAAGAUGAGCAGCAAGAGCACUGUGGAAUCGGGAGGCACUCCCCCUGGGACUGGCUCUACUACUCCCUCAGUACCUCCAGAAGCAGCAGUUAGAAAUGUGGUAAAUAUUGCUCGAUCCCAAAGCCAGCAGUCUUCUUGGACCUCUUCUAACAACGACGUCAUCGUUACUGGUAUAUACAGUCCCGCUAGUGCAUCUGGCAGGCAAGGAUUCACCAAACAGACCAAUUUUUCAGUGGCAGAAGUACAUAAAACCUCUGCUCCGCGGCUACCGGGAAAAAACGACGCCGAGUUUCAGCAGCAGCACAUCCCUAUAGGACGCCAAGUACCGCAUUGUAAAAAUGCUUCCCUGUUAGUAGGGGAAAAGACAAUUAUUUUGUCUAGGCAAACGAGCGUACUGAAUUCUGCAAACUCCAUUUAUAGUCACACGAAAAAAAGCUACGGCGGUUCGUCGGUCCAGACCGCGGAGUUGGUUUUACCUCAGAAACCCACGAUAUGCCACAGACCCUGUAAAGCUGAACCUGUGGGAUGUCAAAGGUUACAAAAACCAGAACACGCGGCUCUUGUGUCACACGUGUCCCCCGGGCAAAGGGCUAACGCCAGGGACCCUUCUUGUAGCACGCAAAACCUGGAGAUCCGCGAAGUGUUUUCCCUGGCGGUUACAGAUCAACCUCAGAGGCUCGUGGGAGGGAGCGCGGCGCAGAGGCACUGCUCGGUGGAAGGCAGCUGCCUGUCCAUCGCGAUGGAAACCGGCGACGUGGACGACGAGUACGCCAGAGAAGAAGAGCUGGCGUCCAUGGGAGCACAAGUGCAAAGCUACUCGAGAUUCUGUGAAAGCAGCGGUUCUGGUCGAGUGGAGAACCAAAGCGCAGCCUUGUCUGGGCCGGGAAGGAACGUGAGCUGUAGUUCACAGAUGGUGAAUGCCAGGGACGUGCCUGACGCUAUUGUGUAUCAUAACAGAGACUACCACUCGCCUGCACGGACCUCAUUGCAUACAACAUCCAGUACGUUGUAUAACAGUGCUAAUCCAUCAAGAAGUACCUUUUCUCCUCAUUUCACAUCUUCAAGUCAACUGAGGCUAUCACAAAACCAAAAUAAUUACCAGAUUUCAGGAAACCUUACUGUGCCUUGGAUUACGGGUUGUUCCAGAAAAAGAGCAUUACAGGACCGCACACAGUUUAGUGACCGAGACUUAGCUACCCUAAAGAAAUACUGGGACAAUGGCAUGACCAGCCUGGGCUCAGUCUGCAGAGAGAAAAUUGAAGCUGUGGCUGCAGAAUUAAAUGUUGACUGUGAAAUAGUGCGGACUUGGAUUGGGAAUCGAAGACGGAAAUAUCGUUUAAUGGGAAUUGAGGUGCCACCCCCUAGAGGAGGUCCUGCUGAUUUCUCUGAUCAAUCUGAAUUUGUCUCUAAAUCAGCACUUAACCCGGGAGAGGAAGCUGCUGCUGAAGUGGGGGAUGAGAAUGAUCGGAAUGAUGAAGUAUCAAUCUGCUUAUCUGAAGGAAGCUCACAAGAAGAGACAAAUGAAGCUCUUCAAAAUGAAGAAAUCGGUCACAAAGAUGAUGACCAGAAUCCUGUAUCUGCUGAUAAUGUGAAAAUAGAAAUUAUAGACGAUGAAGAAAGCGAUAUGAUAAGUAAUUCUGAAGUGGACCAGAUGAGUUCUCUUUUGGAUUACAAGAAUGAAGAAGUCAGAUUCAUUGAGACUGAGUUGGAGAAUCACAAACAGAAGUAUUUUGAGCUACAGACGUUUACUCGGAGUUUGAUACUUGCUAUUAAAUCAGAUGAUAAAGAACAGCAGCAGGCACUGCUUUCAGACUUACCUCCUGAAUUAGAAGAAAUGGAUUUCAAUCAUGCAUCACCAGAGCCUGAUGAUACCUCAUUCAGCUUGUCGUCUUUGUCGGAGAAAAAUGCCUCGGACAGUUUGUGAUUUCUCUUUCGCAAUGACAAAAAGGAAACCCCGCGUAACGUGCCGGUCUCAGGAGCACGGCGUUUGGCCAGGCGGCGUUUGUCAGUCCGAAACGAGAAAGCCCAAGGUGGAGCCGACUUGGCUGAAGGACGACCGUAGGAUGUCCUGGCUGCAGCAUGUGCUGUCGAGAAAUUUCAAACGUUGGGGUUUGGGAAAUGAAAGAACUGUCUGAGGGAAGGUUUUGCUUUUAGCGGGCUGGCCUUGAACCCGAUAACUCCUGACUUUCCAGAAUAACUCUUGCUCUGUAGCAAAGUCUUUUUGAGCAGGGAUCC